AUGCCGCCCCGCUCACACCCACUGUGCCCGGCGCCCGUAGGGAGGAGCCCCGAUGCCGCCCCGCUCACACCCACUGUGCCCGGCGCCCGCAGGGAGGAGCCCCGAUGCCGCCCCGCUCACACCGACCGUGCCCAGUGCCCGCAGGGAGGAGCCCCGAUGCCGCCCCGCUCACACCCACUGUGCCCGGCGCCCGCAGGGAGGAGCCCCGAUGCCGCCCCGCUCACACCGGCCGUGCCCGGCGCCGCUCGCACGCCGCCCUCACCGCACGGCCCCUUCCGGCGGCGCUACGGCGGCCGCGGCGGGACACACGCGGCUCCCCGGGCGCAGGCGCGGAGGGGCGCGGAGGCCGGGCCGAUGCGGGGCCUGGCGCUGCGGGCGCGAUGGUGCCGCUCGCUCUGGGCGCUGCCGGCAAGGGCCGCCGCCAACGCCGCUUCUUCGCCUCCUCCCCAUCCUCCUCCUCCUCUCGCCGGAGCCUCACCGGGCGCGUUGAACCCGUUCGACCGGCGGCUGAAGCGGAAGCAGAAGAACUGGGCGGCGCUGCAGGCCGAGCCCGCCAAGUGCGAUUACCUGCGGGAGGAGGUCGGCGGCAGGAUCGCGGACCGGGUGUUUGACAUCACCAGAACGUUUCCUCUGGCUUUGGAUGUUGGCUCUGGAAGAGGUUACAUAGCUCAGCACUUAACCAAGGAAACAGUUGAAAAACUUAUUCAAGUUGAUAUUGCAGAGAAUGCUUUAAAAAAUGCUAUAGAAUCUGAAAUCCCAACGAUCAAGGUUGUAGCUGAUGAGGAAUUCCUUCCUUUCAAAGAAGAUACAUUUGAUCUUGUUGUCAGCAGCUUAAGUUUGCAUUGGGUGAAUGACCUUCCUAAAGCUUUCAAAGAGAUCCACCAGGUGCUGAAGCCCGAUGGAGUGUUCAUUGGAGCCAUGUUUGGGGGGGACACCCUGUACGAGCUGCGCUGCUCCCUGCAGCUGGCUGAGCUGGAGAGGGAAGGGGGCUUCUCUCCUCACGUGUCACCCUUCACUGCUGUUGCUGAUCUGGGACAUCUCCUCUCCAGGGCUGGCUUUAACACCCUCACUGUGGAUACUGAUGAAAUCCAAGUGAACUACCCAGGGUUAUUUGAGGUUAUGGAAGACUUACAAGGUAUGGGGGAGAGUAAUUGCUCUUGGAAUAGAAAGCCUCUGCUGCACAGGGAGACAAUGCUGGCAGCUGCUGCAAUAUACCAAGAAAUGUAUGGGAACAGCAAUGGCUCUGUACCUGCCACCUUUCAGAUCUACUACAUGAUUGGCUGGAAAUACCACGAGUCACAGGCAAAACCAGCCCAGCGAGGUUCUGCAACAGUUUCAUUUGGAGAUCUGGCAAAAAUAGAAGGACUUCUUAAAAGAGGAAAAAAAUAAUUGUUCUUCAGAAAUAAUAAUGGUCUUGAAACUUCUAUAAAAGUUUUAAUUGCAGACAGUCUUCACUUGUGCUUAUUUAGUGAUGACAUCCUGAAAUGAUAAUAAAGUAUCUACUAUAGAGCUUUUUGUACUGUGCCACAGCAUUAUCUGUGAGAAAUGGUGUUAAUUUUUUAUUUCUAGGUAAAUAGCUGAGCAUUUUGCUUUCUCAAGUCUUUGAGAGGACUAUUCAACUCUCAACUUUUUAUUAAAUUUACUAUUUUCAAACAUAA